UCAGCCGGUUACGUUGGGGCCUGCUCGAGGGUGGGGCUGAGAAAGGUCCCCAGGCUACUGCGGAUCCUGUGUCUGAUUUCAGAUCCCCUUUUCCCAGUUAUAUCUCCACUUUUUUGGGACAGGAGGGGAGCAAAAGAGUGCAGAAGUCAGGUCUUGAAAUCACCUGGGGAUUUCUGGGUAAGGUGGGUGGAGAGAAAGGGGAACAGUAAGCAGGGCUCUGGCAGCUGCUGCAGACGGCUUCACACAGAGACGCGGGCUGCCACCUUGCCGUAAGUGAAAGUGAAAGAAAAAUCGACAGCAGCGGGAACAGAAGAAACCCAAAGGCUGCUGGCUGACCAGGGGUGCUUGGAGAGCCCCCUUCUCCAGCCAGGCCUCGCAAGCAGCGUAGGACUGCGGAGAAGGGUGGUGGGCAAGGAGCCUCCAUGGGCACAGAGGAGGGCUGGUGCCUGCUGCUCUGCCUGGCUCUAUCUGGAGCAGCAGAAACCAAGCCCCACACAGCAGAAACGCAGUGGCGGGCAGUGGACGUGGUCCUAGACUGCUUCCUGGCGAAGGACGGUGGGCACCGUGGAGCUCUCGCCAGCAGUGAGGACAGGGCAAGGGCCUCCCUCGUGCUAAAGCAGGUGCCAGUGCUGGACGAUGGCUCCCUGGAGGACUUCACUGACUUCCAAGGGGGCACACUGGCCCAAGAUGACCCAACUGAUAUCUUCGAGGCCUCAGUGGACCUGGUCCAGAUUCCCCAGGCAGAGGCCUUGCUCCAUGCUGACUGCAGCGGGAAGGAGGUAACCUGUGAGAUCUCCCACUACUUUCUCCAGACGAGAGAGACCACUGUGGAGACAGCAGCUUGCUUCAUGGCCAACGUGCAGGUCUCUGGAGGAGGACCUAGCAUAUCCAUGGUGAUGAAGACUCCCAUAGAUGCCAAGAAUGAUGCUUUCUGGCAUCCGACGCUGAACUUGCCCCUGAGCCCGCAGGGCACUGUGCGAACUGCAGUGGAGUUCCAAGUGACGACACAGACCCAAUCCCUGAGCUUCCUGCUGGGGUCCUCAGCCUCCUUGGACUGUGGCUUCUCCAUGGCACCAGGCUUGGACCUCAUCAGUGUGGAGUGGCGGCUGCAGCACAAGGGCAGGGGCCAGCUGGUGUACAGCUGGACCACAGGGCAGGGGCAGGCUGUGCGGAAGGGCGCUACCCUGGAGCCUGAGCAGCUGGGCAUGGCCGGGGAUGCCUCCCUCACCCUGCCCAGCCUCACUAUACAGGACGAGGGGACCUACGUUUGUCAGAUCACCACCUCUCUGUACCGAACUCAGCAGAUCAUCCAGCUCAACAUCCAAGCUUCCCCCAAAGUACGACUGAGCUUGGCAAACGAAGCUCUGCUGCCCACCCUCGUCUGCGACAUUGCUGGCUAUUAUCCUCUGGAUGUGGCAGUGACGUGGACCCGACAGGAGCUGGGCGGAUCCCCAGUCCAAGUCUCUGGUGCCUCCUUUUCCAGCCUCAGGCAAAGUGUGGCAGGCACCUACAGCAUCUCCUCCUCUCUCAUCGCAGAACCGGGCUCUGCAGGUGCCACUUACACCUGCCAGGUCACCCACAUCUCUCUGGAGGAGCCCCUUGGGGCCAGCACCCAGGUUGUCCCACCAGAGCAGAGAACAGCCUUGGGAGUCAUCGUUGCCAGCAGCCUCUUCCUUCUUGCACUGUUGUUCCUGGGGCUUCAGAGACGCCAAGCUACCUCACUUAGGUCUGUCAAGACUCUGAGGCACUCUGGGUAGCCACUCUCCUGCCUCAGAGUAGAAAGAAAGAGCAGUCAUGUGCUCCCAGAAGGACUCUAAGUCAAGUCGCAGAGCUAAAAAGGCAUGAAGGUGGUACCAGCUCACGGGUCACUGGGCCUGGCUCUGCAUAGGCCUCUGCCUUCCUUCACGGUGCACCCUGGGCUCAUGCACCAAGGCGGAGAACAGGAAGAAGUGAGGGGACAAGAAGAAGGCAGAAUGUCCAGAUGGAGGUUAAGACCAAAGAGCCAGGUUGGUGGUGUGGUGGUAGGAAAACAAAGCUGGAAGAAAUGGAGAAGGAACAAGUGAGGGACAAUGAGGCACGGGCUGGGGCUGGGCUACCCCUCCCAAACUCAGCUCUGUCAAAAUAAAAGCCCCUUGUGUCUGCUGUGUGA